GGUAGAGGUAGACUGUAGAAGUAGAGGUAGAACUAGAGGUAUUACGAGUUACUUGGUGGUUAUUCAUGCCUUAGAUCAAAAAUAACCCAGCACGCGGACACUAAACACGUUCGUAACUUAUUUUAGUUAAUUAUACACUGUACGUGUUUUUAAAUUUAUUUUUAACGCCCGAUCACGUGUGUUUUUUAUUUUAUUUUUUUUCAUUUUAGUUUCUUUGUUGUUGUUUUAAACAAUUGUUUUGUGAAGUGAAUUUAAAACUGUGCAGUGCGAGUGAUACGUGAUUUAUUUAUUUAGUUAUUAUUGUAAACUGUUUGUUAAUUUUUAUAUAUUUAUAUAUAUAUAAGUAUAUAUUUUUUACUAAAACGUGUUAAAUUACGGCUAAAUCAUUGAGCUGGAUUAUCAACGUGCCGCCGGCAACUUUAUGAGAGCCGGCGGAAAUAUGUGUGAUGGUGCGGGAUCAUUUUCCGAAUCAUUGCGUGGCAUGCAGUGUUUAACUGGUACAGCUUCAUCACCACCAAAUGUUGAAGUUGGACAAAUGAGUGUUUCACUCGCUAACUCGUUAAAUGCUGCGGCAUCAGCCGCAAAUGCUACUAAUAAAAAACCACAAUCUGAGCAUAUUAAGAGACCAAUGAAUGCGUUUAUGGUAUGGUCUAGGAUGCAAAGACGAAAAAUAGCACAAGACAAUCCUAAAAUGCAUAAUUCGGAAAUAUCUAAGCGAUUAGGAGCCGAAUGGAAAAAAUUACCAGAUCACGAAAAACGUCCAUUCAUUGAUCAAGCAAAGAGAUUACGUUCCGACCAUAUGAAAGAACAUCCGGAUUAUAAAUACAGACCACGACGUAAACCAAAGACCCUUAGAAAAGAUGGCUAUCCUUACAGUAUUCCUUACGCUAGUGUGCCAAUGGAUGUUUUACGUUCCGGCAUGGGUACAAUGGGACAACCAGGAAUGAGCUCAUACUAUGCACCAGCAACAGCUUAUGGUACAUUAUCAGCAGCAAGUAUGGCAAGUAUGGCCGCAGCGGCUGCCCAGCAGUCUGCCGCUAUGUCUGCUGGUCUCGGGGCACCUGGCCAGGUCGUAAGUUCAAUGGAUGCAAUGAAAUACUCAAUGGAAGCCGAAAAAUAUCGCUCAGCGGGUUACAUGCCACCAAGUAGUCUCGCAAUGUCGAUGUACACUGAUCAAAAAUAUAAUUUAGAAUCAAGCACAAAAUACUUCGCUGAACGUAGUUAUUUAGACAAUGCGCGUGCAUACAUUGAACAAUCAAAGCUAUACGCUGACAAAUCAUCGAUAAAUGAUUACAGCCGUAGCGCUUACGAUACAAAUAAUAAAUAUGAAGAUUCAAGUCCAGGUGCGGCAUCUUCAAAUCGUUCACCAACAGCUGAUUCACCUGAUAUGCUUAAACAUCAUCAUCAUCAUCAUCACCAUCUUCAUGGUAACAGUGCUAUGAGUAGCAAUGAACGUAAUGAUCAACACAGUUCAUCAAAUGCCAGUACAACAUCAACACCGACUUCAUCUGCAGCAAGUCCUGGUGUCAGUAUUCCGGCAUAUUAUCCAGGGCCACCGGGAGUGCAACCACAAGGUUUAUUAGCACCACAAAUUAGUCAGUACUCAACUGGUUAUCCAUCAACAGCCGCACCUGGUAGUAAUGAUUUCCGUCGGCCACUUGCUGUAAUCUUCUGACCCGAUAGGGCAUAGCUUUCAUCAAUUGUAAGCAAAUAUCAAUCAUCAUUAUAGAUUAAUUAUUAUUAUUAUUAUUAUUAUUAUUACUAUACAAUGAUAAUUAAUUAAUUAUUAAUUAUUAAUAUUAGGCAUAUUAAUGCCUAUCUUAUACAUAACUUGUUAAAAAGUAAUUAGUAAGUUUUUAGCUUCAGUGUCAAUUGACAUAUAUAUUUAAUUUAAUCUUAAUAUGCAAUACUGGUCAUUUUUUUGCAUAAUUACUGGCAAAGAUCUUUUAUUUAAAUUUGAAUUAAUAAAAAUGAUAAUUAUUAUUAAUUAAUAAUUAAUGCAAAAUUUUAUGCUCAAUACAACUUAAUUUUAAUUUGUUUUUUUUUUUUUUUUUUAAUUAUAACUCUAUCGAAAUGUUCGAUUGUAAAAGAAUUAAAAUUGAAAUCUAGUUUAUCUUUAUUAAAAACCUGACAUUUGUAGAAUUCUCAAAAACAUUUUUAGUUACAUUGUUUUUUUAUUUUUUUAUUUGAUGCCUGUAAAACAAUCAGAUAAAAUCACAUGUGAUGAUUUGUAAACUUGAAGCUGAUUAAAUAUGAUCAUUUCUGGUACAAAUAUAUAUAUGUAGUCAUAUAUAGCUGUACGUAAACAUCUAUGGUCGUAGAUGAUGAUUGUAUAUUAUAUAUGAUAAUCUAUGAUCAGGUGUGAAUUAAAGCCUAUAUGCUCAUUUCUGUUCAUAUAUGGCCAUUUUUAAUCUAAGCCUUCAUAGAUCAUCAUAUAUGAUCAUAUCUGAAUUUUAUUUCCUAGUUGGACAGGUCAGAGUGUUUUUAUCAAAAUUUGACUACUCUGGCUGUCACUUAGACUUUAAUUUUAAUUCUUUAAAAUGUUAUUGAUUGAGAUUGGUUAUGUGUCUACUGAUGAUUAAUCUCUCAUGAUUGUUUUACGCUUUUUUAAAGACAAAAUCACCUAGAGCUGAUAAAUUCAUUUUUUUAUAAAGACUGGGAUCUUUUUAAUUUUUUUUUUUUCUAUUAAUCUGUAAAUAAGUUUUUCCGUUUGAAUAUUUUUAAUUAAAAAAAAAUUAAUCAUAAUUUGUCAGCAUUUUCCGGAGAUAUUCCAAGGUCAUUAAAACUUAAAUUUUUAUUUUAUUAUCAAUGAUUUUUUAAUGGAUUUAUUAAUUCAAUUAAAAUAUAAGAUUAUUAUUUUUAUUUAUCUCAAGUCAUAUAGAUUUGAGACGGACAUUUUCAAAAAUUUGUUUUGAUUUUACGAGUAAUCUAAAUUGUUGGUUAUGAUCCGCUCUGUUUAGUUCCGUUGGGUUAUAUUAGACUUAGUUCGGUUCUAAUCGGCUACGUUCGUUGAUCUUCGCGUUUUUUCGUCAACAAACAACAUAAAACAAUGUAGAUUAUAUGUAAAACAAUCAUAACAAAAAAAAAAUCUGCCGACAAAUUAAUUCUGACUCUAAAAAAACAUAAAUUCAUAUCGUGAUAUUUUUAACUUGAAUUAUAAAAAUUUAAUAUUUAAGUUUUUUUUUUU